AGCAGGCUACCCUCAGUUUGGCGAGGGCCACGAGGGUGUCUGGUGGCGAGAGGGUGAGGGACUAGAGCCAUGCAACGCUGUGUGGCGUAGCGCGCAGUCGCAUUUGCGCGUCCAAAGUUUGUCCCUGAGCUCUAGUAUUUUAUUGAGUGGCGUAGUCAACUGAACAGUUUAGACAUUACUAGUUGCUGUGAGGUCAACGGAGAAACCCAGCGCCCACUUUGAGGCGGCCAUGCGGCUGAAAAUGCAGCAGCUGUCGCUGCUUCUGCUGCUCGUCGUGCAGCUGGCAGCCGCGCAGUACGAGUACGAGACGCUGGACGGUCCGUGCGCGGACUACCAGCCCGGCGAGGACGACCUGCAGGCCUUCGACUUCAUCAGGAAGUUCAGACUCGACGUCCUCGAGGCGAGCAGCCCGGGCGUUAAGAAGGUCCGGGGCUCCAGUGAACUGCAGACCGCCUACAGACUGCAUGCUGAGACUGACCUGCAGCUCGCCACUCGGGAUAUUUUCCCGCAAGGCUUGCCCCAGCAGUUCUCGCUGAUCAUCACCUACCGCACGCGCCGGCCCCCCACCACGCCCUGGGACGUCAUGCGCAUCACGGACAUCAGCGCCCGCCCGCAGUUCGCCAUCACCCUCAUCCCCCAGAGGGAGAGUGUCGAGCUCACGCUACCCUCGCUCACGGGUGGCGUGCAGACCCUCGUCUUCCAAGGGGUCGGGGCUCUGUUUGACCGUGAGUGGCACAAGCUUCACUUCGGCGUGUACCGGGACCGUGUGGUGCUGUACGUGGACUGCUACAGGGCGUCAGAGGAGUUCUUCUCAGAUCCUGUGGGACUCAUCGACGUCAACGGCCAGAUCUACAUCUCCAAGCAGGGCGCCUCGCUGCGCACCGUGCCUAUUGAACUGCAGUGGAUGGUGCUGAGCUGCGACCCCACGCGUCCUGAGCGCGAGACCUGCGAUGAGCUGCCGGCCCGAAGUUCCACCCAGACUGGGCCCGCCCAGUGUGAGGUCGUCUGUCCAAUCGGUCCACAGGGUCCCAAGGGUUUGGACGGACGGCGGGGCAAAAGGGGGAAGGAGGGCCCCAAGGGGGUACAAGGGGACCCUGGCUUUCCCGGGUUCCCGGGGCCACGAGGAAUAGCGGGACCGCUGGGCCAGAGUGGUCCACCUGGGCCCGCUGGGCCACCGGGACGCGCUGGCGAGCCCGGCAUCAUCGGCAGGACUGGCCCAGUUGGGCCCCAAGGCGUCGCUGGACAGCCUGGUAGCAUCGGCGCUGUGGGACCAAAGGGCGACAUAGGGCCAAGAGGACCCAUUGGGCCUGCAGGUCCAAUUGGCCCCAUUGGCCUGCCUGGUAUUAAAGGAGCCCCAGGCGACGCAGUGCUCGUUGAAGGCCCCACUGGGCCACAGGGUCCGCCUGGAUUACCGGGAAUUGUGGGACGUCCUGGAGCUGACGGCUUACCUGGGCGACCCGGCAAAAGUGGCGAGAUUGGACCCAGAGGCGAACCCGGGGUGGACGGACGGCGGGGCCCAGAGGGGCCCAAAGGCAAUCCAGGAGAAAGAGGCCUUCCCGGCCCCAGGGGAGAGUUGGGCCCAGUGGGCCCUGCGGGACGACCUGGCCCCCCAGGUGCGAUGGUCGACGGGGAGAUGGUACCUGGGCCCCCGGGCCCUCCAGGAACCAUUGGGCCACCAGGCCCAGCGGGCGAGCCGGGCCCAGUUGGGCCUGCCGGCCGAGCUGGAGAAGAUGGCCCCCCUGGGCCCCGUGGGGGCAAAGGGGACCGCGGACCUGCCGGCAAUCCUGGCGAGAAUGGGGAGCGCGGGGAGCCGGGACGCACGGGCCCCCCUGGGGAGGCUGGGGCCAAGGGACAGGCCGGAGUCCCAGGCAUUCCUGGCCUCAUCGGCAAACCAGGCAUUGUGGGCCUAUCGGGUCCAGAGGGCCCUAUUGGCGCACCCGGGCCCGCUGGGCCCAAAGGAGACCCUGGGUCAAGAGGCCCUCCUGGUUUAAACGGCGAGCCCGCCCCUCCCGGUGCACCUGGGCCCCAGGGGGCCACAGGAACUCCCGGGCCACGGGGUGAAGAAGGUCCCCCUGGUCCCGCAGGGCCCCCUGGGCCUCAAGGUGCUGCCGGUAAUCCUGGAAUGAUGGGAAUCGUUGGCCCCAAAGGGCAUCCGGGCCUCGCUGGUCUCAAGGGUGAGCGAGGAAAAGCGGGUCGAGAUGGAGAAGUUGGGCCCGCUGGGCCCCCGGGCCCUAUUGGGGCGCCAGGAGUACAAGGUCCCGCUGGUCUCAGAGGACGUGAUGGGAGCAAGGGGCCAGAGGGCCCGCCGGGCCCUCCUGGCAAUGUGGGACUCCCUGGCCCAAUGGGCCCGCCUGGCGUGGUGGGGCCAGCGGGUCCUCCGGGACUUCAAGGGUUCACCGGCAAGCCCGGAACCCCGGGCCAACCUGGACCCCCGGGGGAGCCUGGGCCCCCUGGCGUGGGGGGAGGGGAGCUCAUCGCUGGGGAACGACAUUAUGGCCUCCCUGGGGUCCAGGGCCCCAUGGGGCCCCCUGGCAUGCCCGGCGAGAGAGGCGCGGACGGCGAGCGUGGACCCGCGGGCAAACAAGGCAACCCCGGGCUCCCGGGCGCUCACGGGUCCACGGGCCUACCGGGGCCAGCGGGCCAACGUGGCCCCCCCGGCAACCCUGGCGUCGAUGGCACCCCCGGCCGCGAGUACACCGAGGCAGACCUGCGGGAGAUCUGCGCCUCCGUCCUGCGAUCCCAGCUAACUGAGAUUGCCAAGACCCUGCGUGGCCCACCGGGCCCACCGGGACAGGGACUGCGAGGACCUCCUGGCGAAGAGGGCGACCCUGGAGUGCCAGGUCUGGCCGGCAUUCCUGGUGAGGUUGGCCCCCGCGGGUACACGGGCCAUCCUGGGGCCACGGGCCCUCAGGGCUCACCCGGCCCACCAGGCCCAAGGGGAUACAAGGGCGAGCGCGGCGAGAUGGGCGAGGGCAGAGAAGGCCCACCUGGCCCCGCUGGGCCCCCAGGCCCCGAAGGCCCCAAGGGGACAGGGGAGCGAGGCCGCAUGGGUGACCGAGGGCCCCCGGGUCAGAUGGGCCGCCAGGGGGGACGGGGGUCUCCGGGGCCCCCGGGCCAGCCGGGCUACUGCGAGCACUGCAACGGAGCCCUGGCCUACUCCGCGGCCUCACAGGGCAACACCAAAGGGCCUUAGGGAUCUUCUUAGGGCGUUAGGAGUCAUUGAAGGGUUUUAGGGGUCUUCAAAUGGUUUUAAAGGCCUUUAAAGGGUCUUAAAGGCUUUUGAAGGGUCAUAGGGACCUUUAAAGGGUUUUAAGGGCCUUUGAAGGGUCUCAGGGGCCUCUAAAAGGUCUAAGGAGCGUUUUUAGGGUCUUAGGGCAUUUUAAGGGUCCUUGGGGGGCUUUCAAUGGUUUUAGGGGUACACCAAAGGGCAAUAGGGGACCACAAAAGGGCUAUAGCGUUCGUUAGAUGGUCUUGGAAGUGUCUAAAUGACCCAUCAAAUGGCGUAGACCAAAAGAGGCCUCAGUACCCCAUAAAAAACCGCUCAGCCGGUUGCCGGUGGUGAAUAAAUGGCCGAUUUUUAGCGGGCCAAAAAUGUUUUUAUGUCCAAAACAAAAUUGUAUUGGAAUUUGAUUAUUCAAGCUGUAUGACAAUUAACUUUUACGAAGAUGACUAGUAAUUCAUUUUUUCAUCUCAUUCACCGCUUGUCAUAAUCUAAUUUGCUCAAGUCAUAAUAAAUCUAAAUCAAAAUUCAAUCCUAUUAAACUUCAAUUAUUGAGAUAAAGCAAUUAAAGAUUUCUUCUUCUUUCUGGUCUAGUAAAAAAUAACAAGGCAAUUGUUUCAACAUGUCCUCAAAAUUUGUUAGUAAACAUUUCAUUCAAGACCUGCA